AUGAAUGAAAUAAUCAAAGAUAUUAAUAGUAAUAAGUCUCUUAAACUAACUGAUUUACAAGGGGAUAUUGGGAAUAAUUUGGGAGCAUCUAUUAAUCCCCAAUCUAUCAGUUUAACUACUAGUGAUAAUACUGGAGUUAUCUAUAUUUCUAGGAUACCUCCAGGUAUGCAACCACAUCAUAUCCGUGAGUAUAUGAGCCAGUUUGGUGAAAUAGAUAGGAUAUUUAUGUAUCCCGAAGAUAAGUCAAUAUAUGAAAAAAGAGUUAAAAUGGGUGGAUCACGUCAAAUGCGAUAUAUAGAUGGAUGGAUAGAAUUUAAGGAUAAGCAAAUAGCAAAAUCUGUUGCUAUUUCUUUAAAUAACACAAAUAUUGGUGGGAAAAAGAGACAUAAUCGAUGGAGAGAUGAUAUAUGGUGCCUUAGGUAUCUUCCAAAGUUUAAGUGGCAUAAUUUGAUUGAACAUUAUCGAUACAAGAAAGUAGUUAGGAAAGUUAAGCUACAAGCUAGACUAAACCAAGUUCAAAAAGAAAAUAAUUUUUAUAUUGAACAAGUAGAUAAAGCUAAAAGGAAAGAAAAGUUACAGAAGAUGAAUAAAUGUGAAGGAAACAGUAUAGAUAGUUCUGAUAUAAAAUACAUAUAUACUGGGGAAAUAAAAGAUAUUUCGGAAAAUAAUGAAAAAAUAAGUAAAGUUUCUCUAAGUCAUCUUUUAUAA